GAAGCAGACAGCACAGAAAGAAGAUACAUAGAUUGGUGGCAUGGCUACAGAAAUCGACUUGGGCCAUGAUUUUGACACAAGGAAAUCCAACAGUUAACACCAGCUUCCUGAAAACUUUGUUGAGGUUAUGUCAACAAGAAUGUCACGGGUUCUAAUAUAUGUCAGAGGAGAUCACUCUGUAGAAGAAUAUUGUUUUUUCUCUCGAGAAUUAUCACCAGUUUUAAUUGACUACCAGGAAGUUGGUGUAACACUCUUGUAUGAUACAAAAACGAAGCAUACACAUCUCUGCCUGAUUAAAUUUGAUCCUGAUAACCCCAAGAAUUUCAUUGAUGAAAGCCAAAAAAAUGAAACAUCUAACAACAGCUACCCUGGAAUUAGAACGUCACAAAAUGCCCAGUGUGUUUACAGCAACGAAAAUAAAGGAAAUACCAAGAAUGAUUUUCAAAAUCCAAGUCACCUCUUGCAAAUGUCAUUUUCAGAUAUUGUUCCAGUAAAAGAAGCGAUCUUGCCAUUUGAUGCUCAUCUUGUGUCUUGUAUUUGUUUUGAACUGAAAAGGUCAAGGAUAUUUAGGAGAAGAUUUCUGAAAUUUGUGGCAAGGAAUUUUGGAUUUAAACCUUUCAUUGUGCCAACUUCAGUGACUAUUUCUCAUGUUUGUGAAUUCUUUGAUUCUGUGGUGCUGGUGCCGUAUGUAGUUAAAUUAGUUUUAUUGUAUCCAAAACAGAAGAUUGAUUAUGCAUGGAAUUACCGGAUUGGAAGUCAAAUUACUAGGAGGCUAAUGCUUGAUGAUGCCAUGAACUGGUUGUCCACACUAGGGGGAGGUUACUCCUCACUUGGGGACUACUUCCAACACCAUGCAGAGGAAGCAGGGAGGAUCUCAGUACAGCAGCUGAAGCUAGCAGAGCAGAUGGGAGAUCCUAUCAUGAGUGCCAGAUGUAGACUUUUCUAUGCACAGAGCUUAAUGCAGAGAGGCUUUGUCAAGCAAUGCAAAAUUAUUGUAAGGGCACAAAGGUACUUCUGCAAGUCUUUAUUCGCUUCAGACGACAAGCUUCUAGCUCUGUAUAAGUCACUGAAAUGGAGGUUACUGCACCUGAAGAACAAUUCAAUCACAAUUUCAUGAACUCUGGAUUGGAUAGUCAUAAUGAAUUGCUCAAGACUUGUUAAGUUAUGAACAAGACCAAAUACUCUGUGUUUGACAUUUUGUUAAAGUCUUUCAGUUUAUACAGUGUUAUAUAGAAAAGAAUUGCUGUUUUACUUAAGAAUGAAUGAUAUGUUUUAUAAUGACAUUACUAGUUGGUUGAGCAUCAACACCUUUAUUCCUCGCUUACAACUUUCCUAUUAUGAACCAGGAGAGUCAUGUAGAUUUAGUCUCAUGUCUCUGUGUACAACAUAUAUCAUACUAUUAUGAUAACUAACUAUGUAAAAAGUAUUUUUCAGAGAAUCAUUGCCUUGGUUUCUCACAAACAUGAUUCAUUGACUUAUACUGAAAUUUGUGCUUUUUGUUUUACUUUGUUUAAUUGUGAAUCAAAGUUUGGGCUAAGGAAGACAUUUCACACAAGUCUCAUUUUAAAACAAAGCAGAGUCAGUUAGAAGUACCCUAACUUUGGUAAAGACCUGAAGUAAAAUGUGUUCAAAGUUCAUCGUUCAGUAUACAUCAAGAGUAUUUAAUUUAAGCAUCAUUGUAUUUUUUAUCAACAGGUCAACCAUCUUGCUUGCAUUGAUUGUGUGAUAAAAUUAUGGGUCUAGAAUAAGAUAUGUUGCAUACAAUUUCAAGUAUCUCACUACCUCUGUAUGUAGAAUCCUUGAAAUUGAGCACAGUCUUCUUUCUUCUGUAUUGAUAAACAGGAAUAAAUGUCUUUAUACUGUCCUUUUGUUAUGCCCAUAGACAUUUGUCCAUUUGGUAUAAAGAUCUAUCAAAAUUUACAAUUUGGCAAGGUCUGAGCUGUGGCUAAUCGACUCCUAAAGAUGUCCUGCUGGUAAACAGGUCUUCACUGUGGCUAUUCAGCCUGUAUUAACAUCCCGUAGGUGAAAAGGUCUUAACUUUGGCUAUUUGGCUACUAUGUUAAACUGACUUAUGUCUUACUUCCGGUCAAAACAUCAGAGGAGUGAAACUUUAGAGGUAAAGAGGUUUAUCGAUCCCCUUAAGACAUCCUGUUGGAAGAGAGGUCUACACUGUAACUAUUUGGCCCCUUAUCCAUCCUGCUGGUGAAGACAGGCCCCUGAAGACACCUUGUUGGUAAAGAGUUAUAAAGUGUUGAUGUUUGACCGUUGCUUGUUUCCUGCUGGUAAAGAGGUCUAGACUGUGAGUGUUCGACCCCUGAUGGAUUCCUGUUGUUAAAGAGGUUUAAACUGUGGAUUUUCAGCCCCAGAUGAAUCGGUGAGGUCUUCACUGUGCCUCUUUGGCCACUACAUUCGUCUCUGGAUAAAGAGAUCUUAACUGUCACUAUUCGGCCACUACAUUCGUCUCUGGAUAAAGAGAUCUUAACUGUCACUAUUCAGCCACUACAUUUGUCUCUGGAUAAAGUGAUCUUAACUGUGACCAUUAGGUCAUUAUAUGCGUCCUGCUGGUAUAGAUAUCUAAACUGUGACCAUUAGGUCAUUAUAUGCGUCCUGCUGGUAUAGAUAUCUAAACUGUGACCAUUAGGUCAUUAUAUGCGUCCUGCUGGUAUAGAUAUCUAAACUAUGACUACUGCUUCACCAAAGUUCAUUGAAGUUUGGUGCCAAAAAAGAACUACUGGAUGUGGGAUUUUUUUUUCUGCCACUACAUUCGUCUCUGGAUAAAGAGAUCUUAACUGUCACUAUUCGGCCACUACAUUCAUCCAUGGAUAAAGAGAGCUUAACUGUCACUAUUCGGCCACUACAAUCAUCCAUGGAUAAAGAGAGCUUAACUGUCACUAUUCGGCCACUAAAUUUGUCUCUGGAUAAAGAGAUCUUAACUGUCACUAUUUGGCCACUACAUUCGUCUCUGGAUAAAGAGAUCUUAACUGUCACUAUUCUGCCACUACAUUCGUCUCUGGAUUAAGAGAUCUUAACUGUCACUAUUCGGCCACUACAUUCGUCUUGUGGAUAAAGAGAUCUUAACUGUCACUAUUCUGCCACUACAUUCGUCUCUGGAUUAAGAGAUCUUAACUGUCACUAUUUGGCCACUACAUUCGUCUCUGGAUAAAGAGAUCUUAACUGUCACUAUUCUGCCACUACAUUCGUCUCUGGAUUAAGAGAUCUUAACUGUCACUAUUCGGCCACUACAUUCGUCUUGUGGAUAAAGAGAGCUUAACUGUCACUAUUCGGCCAUUACAUUCGUCUUGUGGAUAAAGAGAGCUUAACUGUCACUAUUCGGCCACUACAUUCGUCUCUGGAUUAAGAGAUCUUAACUGUCACUAUUCGGCCACUACAUUCGUCUUGUGGAUAAAGAGAGCUUAACUGUCACUAUUCGGCCACUACAUUCGUCUCUGGAUUAAGAGAUCUUAACUGUCACUAUUCGGCCACUACAUUCGUCUUGUGGAUAAAGAGAGCUUAACUGUCACUAUUCUGCCAUUACAUUCGUCUCUGGAUAAAGUGAUCUUAACUGUGACCAUUAGGUCAUUAUAUGCGUCCUGCUGGUAUAGAUAUCUAAACUAUGACUACUGCUUCACCAAAGUUCAUUGAAGUUUGGUGCCAAAAAAGAACUACUGCAUGUGGGAUUUUUUUUUUAAG